UUCUGAAGAUUCCACGUAGUGACGCGCACCUCUCUUCUGUGAAUACCCGACGCGCAUCUUUACUGCGCAAUAUCCGUAAGCGGUGCAGUCUGGGGUUCUGCUGCACACAACACAGGGCUGGCGCAACUGGCUAGCUAGCUGACCACUUGAAAUGGACGUGUUCUUAAUGAUCCGGCGUCACAAGACUACAAUCUUCACAGACGCCAAAGAGUCCACUACGGUCUAUGAGCUGAAGCGGAUUGUUGAAGGAAUCCUGAAGAGAACUCCUGAAGACCAGAGGCUCUACAAAGAUGACCAGUUGCUAGAGGACAGCAAAACGCUUGGUGAUAGUGGAUUCACCAACCAGACUGCCAGACCUCAGGCCCCAGCUACAGUUGGUCUGGCUUUCCGCAUAAAUGACGAGAUGUUCGAACAGCUGCACGUCGAGGCCUUCUCCAGCCCCCCAGAACUCCCCGAUGUGAUGAAACCUCAGGACUCGGGUAGCACUGCCAACGAGCAGGCCGUGCAGUGAUGAUGGGGGAAAAGAAACGAGCAGUGGAGAGGAGAAUGGAAGUGGGUGUGUGUGUGGAUUCACUGCAGUGGAGAAGUAGUGGGGUGGAGAAUAUGUAAUAUAAUAUUAGUUGAUGGAUGGGGGCGUUAUAGGUAACCAAACCUAUCCAUGUUACCUUCAUGCUAUCAUCCCAGCAUCACAACCCCUCCCCUCUCCUGACAUUAGCUUCACAAAUCAUUUUUAACUUUUUGUUUGAUUUCCACAUCACAUGCAUUUUUAUCUCCUCGAUUUUGCUCUUAAGCACCAACCUGCUCAAAGAAGGUUUUGAGUGAAGAAGUUGGUUUUGGAAAGUAUGAUUGUAUGUGUGUGUGUGUGUGUGUGUGUUUGUGUGUGUGUGUGAGUUAUAAUAAUUAUUAUCAUUUAAUAUUUUUUGAAAAGGUGAAGGCGUAGUUGUGUGUCGCAGUGCUCUAGAAGUAACACGAGUAGGUAAGGAGUCCGGUGUCUGAAUCGGCAAAAUGCAUGAACAAGUUAAAAAAACAAAAGGCUUUAUUUCACACAAACAGCUAAACCUUGAACUGUUAAGUUUCCUUGGUCUGAUUUCCCCAGUUUUGUUGUACAUUUCUGAUUUGAUUUCAUACCAAGAAAGAAGUUCUUUAUGAUUAUUACGUGUACUUUUGUGUUGUCAUUUAGUGUUUUUUCUGUAUGUCUAACUCGUCAGUUCUUUGUUGUAUGUUUCAUGCACUGAGACCAAAGCCAGUGACCUCUUUGACAACAGAGGGACUUUUUAUUUGGUCAAAGAACAUUUUGUCUGUGACAUACAGCGUACACAGGAGAAGAGUUUUCCAAUGUUACAACUUCCUUUAAAAGAAAAUGUACCACAUGUCACCAACAUAAAUGUGGCACCUUCCCCUUAUCACACAAACAUAGCCUGUAACUGUGAGCUUGCUUAAUUAAAAAGUUUUUCCUGUU